AUGGCUAACCGUGAAUGCGAUCGAAAUCUGCAACCCUGGCAGUCCGCUCAUGGGCAAUCCUUCUACGAGGCGUUCACUGACUGGCUGUUGCAGCUGAAUGUUCGGUCCUACAGUGAGCCCCAGCGGAGAAUGAUCUGGCACAACACCAUCGGGCUAACCCAGGCAACUCGAUCCAAAUGGCAUUUCCCUGCGCUUCCGUACGUGAUGGAGACGGACGAGAACGCAGCUCGACUUCUCCCCACAUUCAGCUACGACUUUGCCAAGCGUGGCGGUUGCUGGGUCUUCUACAAUCUUCGGUUCAGAGCAACCUGGAAGUGCGAUCCCGAGACCGGCAAUAUCGUGGUUCCGACCCUCAGCGCUUGGUCGGACAUCAUGGAUACCCUAUCCCAUUACCGGCAAGCCCGCGGAUGGCCCAUCCUUCGCUCACCUAGCUAUGAGUGCCUAUGCGACAAGGAUAUGUGCACGUUGCAUUUGUAUCCCAAAACGCCUCUCUGCACCACGACGUCCGCAAACAGUGCAGUGCUGGUCAGGCCGCGAUCGAUUCUCAGCCUCAAGUCUCUGGAAGCUCACCGAGUCAAUCUGUUGCAAGUUCCAAUCUGGCAUCGCCUGAUCCCGACUCCGAUACCCUUCCACGCCGUGUCCGGUUCUUGGUCUCUGCGCCUGACGCCUCCCGCGUACACUUCUUGGUGA